AUGCGCCUCACUAGAGCGCUGCUGACCGCGCAACCAGCCCGAUUGACACUCUUCACUCGUGCGCAAUGCGGUCUAUGCGACACCGCCAAAUUGACACUCUCGAAGCUACAACAACGUCGAACAUUCCGCUACACCGAAGUCGAUAUCAUGGUACCGGAGAACAAGAAAUGGAAAGAUGUAUAUGAAUUUGACGUCCCUGUGCUUCAUGUUCAGCCUGCGACCUCGGACGAUGAGUCGAAGCUGCGGAAGUUGUUCCAUCGAUUCUCAGAAAGCGAGGUUGAGAAGGUGGUAGAUGAAGUGGAACGAUGA